AUUUAGAAUAUUUAAAAAGAAAGUAAAAUAACAUAAAAUAAUGAAUCACCAAACCAUACUAGUGGAUUCUCAACAAAAAUGUUAUGAAAUGUGUUCCGAACCAGUGCACUUUCCAUUAAUAAUCGGCAAUGAAACAUUCGUCCUCACCAUGCAAGAUCAACGCAAUAUUGUUGAUCGACGAAACUGGUUUUUGUCGCGCUCUUCAAGUGCUCUGGCGGCAGCCCCAUUGGGAGGAGAGAAUGGUCCAACAAACCUUUACCCUCUGAAAGGACAAAUAUUGCUGGAAUUGCAAGCUAAUGGUGCAGCCUUCCAAAUGGAUACAUUGCCAUCUCAGCUUAUACAAGGCGGGCAAGCAAAACAGUUUACCUUCCACUAUGAGAAACAAACCGACACCGAAGAUUUGUCAUACUACCAGAACUACGAUCGUCUGAAGCAAGGGGAAAUGGUAAUAAAACACGUGCACUAUUAUGUGGAAUCUGCCGUUAAAAGUAAGGCCACAAACACGGAGACAACAAUGGAAACAGACGAAAUAACCGACAUUGAAGAUAUUACGAUGUAG